UGUCAAGACUUGUUGACUUGUUGCUACAGGGAAAAAUAUCAGACCUUUUAUUUUUCAGUGACUUGGUUUAACUGCUUUUUAUUUAACUCAAGCAUCAAAUGGAGGGUGAAGACAAUUCACUACAACAGGUGGGUUUGAAGCAGCCCAAUGAGGAUGCAAUAUUGCCUGAAGAACUGCCUAAAAUGGGUUUGGAGACAGCAUUGAAAGAAUGCUUCACUGCCCUCAAUCUCUUCCUGAACAACAGGUUUGCCGAUGCACUGGCUCUUUUAAAACCCUGGAAGAGUGAAAGUAUGUAUCAUGCGGUGGGCUACAGUAGCAUUCUGGUGAUGCAGGCCGCCAUGACUUUUGAUGCAAAGGACAUUGAUGCUGCCAUGACAUCACUGAGAGAAGCCUUGCAGGUCUGCCAGAGAUUUCGGAAGAAAACGGGACUAAUGGAAAGCUUGGCUAACCUUUGGUACAGACAACCAGCUGACAAUUUGACAGAAGAAGAGAUGCAUGCAGAGCUGUGCUAUGCUGAAGUCCUGCUGCAGAAAGCUGCCCUCACGUUCUUGGAUGAAAGCAUAAUAGGCUUCAUCAAAGGAGGGAUGAAAAUUCGACACAGUUAUCAGCUUUACAAGGAUUGCCUGGCCAUGGAAAAAGUCACAAAGGAUGAGGAAAAACAGAGAAGCACACACAUUCAUUUUAGGGGUGGGGUCAGCAUGGGAAUUGGAUCAUUCAAUCUGAUGCUGUCUUUGCUUCCGUCCAGAGUCCUUAGACUGAUGGAGUUUUUGGGCUUCUCUGGAGACAGGGAAGUGGGUUUGUCAGAGUUGAGAGAGGGAGCAACUACCAACAACCUGCGCUCCAUCCUCAGCACCCUCACUCUGCUGAUGUUUCAGCUCUACAUCACAGUGAUACUUGGGACUGCUGAUGUAAACCUAAGUGAAUGUGAGGCUCUGCUGAAACCCUACUGUGAAAAGUUUCCUAAUGGGGCUUUAAUGCAUUUCUUCAGAGCAAGGAUUGCUGUGCUCAAAGGAAACUUCACAUUUGCCCAAGAGAAGUUCUUGGCAUGUAUUGCAUCGCAGGAAGAGUGGCAUCAGAUUCACCACCUGUGCUACUGGGAGCUGAUGUGGGUCUACUCCUUUGAACAAAACUGGUUUGAGGCCUAUCGAUACGCCAACCUGCUCAGCAAGGAGAACAAGUGGUCCCAGGCCAUCUAUGUAUUUCAGAAAGCUGCCAUCUUGAGCAUGAUGCCAGAGGAAGAAGUGAACAAGCUCAAUGAAAAUGUGGUGGAAUUAUUCAGGCAGGUGGAGGGCCUCAGGCUGAAAUUUGCUGGGAAGUCGAUUCCAACGGAGAAGUUUGCAGCGAAGAAGGCCCAGAGAUACUCCUCCUCCACCCCCGUGAAACUUGUCGUUCCUGCUUUGGAAAUGAUGUAUGUGUGGAAUGGCUUCACAAUAGUAGGCAAAAGACCCGAGCUGACUGAAGGAAUCCUGUCAACUUUAGAGAAAGCAGAAGAGCAGCUCAGAAAUGAUCCAAACCCAUCAGAGUACCACACGGGCGAUGAGUGCCUUGUCCAGCUGCUGAAGGGUCUGUGCUUAAGAAGUCUGGGACGGCUGGUCCAGGCUGAGAUCUGCUUCAAUCAUGUCAUCUCCAGUGAUGGUGGCAUCAAUCAUGAUAGCUAUCUGGUGCCCUUUACCAUGUAUGAGCUUGGCCUAUUGCACAAGCAGAAAGGUGAAAUCAACAAGGCCAUUGCUGUAAUGGAAAAUGUCAUGACGAACUACAAGGACUACAACAUGGAGUCAAGGCUGCAUUUCCGCAUCCAUGCAGCACUCAACACCAUGGGCUCCUUUGCAGCUAAACUUCCACCAUCACGCACGGCAGCUUAAGAGAUCCCAUUACAUGAAACUUGACAGAAAAAGGGCUUUAAACCUGACAUUGUUUACUGUGUUUCAUCAUUGUCUGUUGCCUUCAACUCUGAAGGUCCUUGGUCUUCUGCUCCAGGGAAGUUCUAGACUGGCCAUCUUGCCGUAGACUGUAUGCUACCAAUUAAAUGCCUCAAACUGCAGGCAAAGUACACAAGCAACCAAGACUUGAAAAUUAACGGUUAUCUAACCUGUGUCUAAAUUUCCUGUCCCCUUGGGUGUUUUUUCCAAAGCAUGCUGUGGUUUACUUUGCAAAUAAAUUAAGGGUUCACUCCCUGCCUGUGCUUCACUUCACCUGGUCGUAAUGC